GGAUGAAACAUUAGUUGAGCACAUACGUAAAGCCCAAGUGUAAACCCAAAAGUAGUGAAAUGUGAUUAAAUUCUACAAACCGGAUAUAACCGGAGGAAACCAAACAAUUGGUAGUUGAUUUCGCAACGGUUCAAUGGCAAGUCGCCGAUGCACCUGAACUGAAACUUAAAAUCCAAUCCUCCGAUGUUUCUAAGCCUUCUCGACUCAUGUAUCCGAUCACAGAACCUAAUCCUAGGCCAAAUCAUUCACCAGCACCUUCUCAAACGCUCCCUCACACUGACUUCCUCCACCGUGCUCGUCAAACUAACCCGCCUCUACGCAUCAUGCAACGAAGUGAAACUUGCACGCCACGCGUUCGACGAAAUUCCUCACCCAAGAACCAAUCCCAUCCCCUGGGACGUGAUGAUCAGAUCCUACGCAUCGAACGAUUACCCGGAAAAGGCUUUGGAUUUGUAUUACAAUAUGCUGAGCUCUGGCGUUAGACCCACGAAGUACACGUACCCUUUUGCCCUGAAGGCGUGUGCUGCUCUGCGAGCGAUUGAAGAUGGUAAGCUGAUACAUACCCAUGCGAAAGGUAGUGGAUUUAGUGAUGAUUUGUAUGUGUGUACUGCCCUGGUCGAUUUCUAUGCUAAAUGUGGAGCACUAGAUAUAGCAAUCCAGGUGCUCGACGAAAUGCCAGAGAGAGAUGUUGUUGCUUGGAACGCUUUGAUUUCUGGGUUUUCUUUGUGUUCCGGUUUAGCUGAUGUUAUUGCAUUGUUUAAGGAUAUGCGUAGAAGAGAUGGGCUGAGCCCUAAUUUAUCCACCAUCGUUGGGAUGUUUCCUGCGUUAGGAAGGUCUGGUGGUGCUUUGAGGGAAGGGAAGUCAGUUCAUGGGUACUGCAUAAGAAUGGGGUUUAGUGAUGAUGUUGUUUUCAAGACGGGAAUCUUGGAUGUUUAUUCGAAAAGCAAGUGCAUUGUCUACGCGAGGAGAGUUUUUGAUUCGGGCUUUUUAAAGAAUGAGGUGACGUGGAGUGCUAUGAUUGGAGGCUACAUAGAAAGUGAGAUGAUGAUGGAAGCUGGGGGAUUGUUCUUGCAGAUGUUGGAUCAUGGAGAUGUGGCAGUUGUGACGCCGGUGGCCGUUGGGCUUAUUCUGAUGGGUUGUGCGAGGUUUGGAGAUGUGAAUGGAGGGAGAUGUGUGCAUUGUUACGCGGUUAAAGCUGGCUUUAUCUCAGACCUAACCGUUGGAAACACCGUAAUUUCGUUUUACGCCAAGUAUGGAAGCUUAUGUGAUGCUUUUAGGCAGUUUAGUGAGAUUGGCGUGAAAGAUAUUGUUUCAUAUAACUCUCUCAUCUCUGGCUGUGUGGAGAACUGUCGCACCGAAGAGAGUUUGCGUCUGUUUCAUGAAAUGAAAUGUUCUGGAGUUCGUCCAGAUAUAACAACGUUGCUUGGUGUCUUGACCGCUUGCUCUCACUUGGCUGCUUUGAGACACGGUUUCAGCUGCCACGGGUAUUGCGUUGUUUACGGCUAUGCAGUUAAUACAACCGUUUGUAACGCAUUGAUUGAUAUGUACACAAAGUGCGGUAAACUCGAUGUCGCCAAGAGAGUUUUCGACACGAUGCAUAAGCGGGAUACUGUUUCGUGGAACACAAUGAUGUUUGGCUUUGGAAACCAUGGCCUUGGCAACGAAGCUCUUUCUCUGUUCGAUAGUAUGCGGGACACAGGUGUGAACCCAGACGAUGUGACUUUUCUUGCUCUUCUCUCUGCUUGUAGCCAUUCAGGACUUGUGGAUGAAGGGAGACAAGUGUUCAACUCUCUGACUCGCGGAGAUUUUAGCUUCACCCCAAGGAUAGACCAUUAUAAUUGCAUGGCUGAUCUCCUAGCUCGUGCCGGAUACUUGGAUGAAGCGUAUGAUCUUGUCAACAAGAUGCCGUUUGAGCCAGACGUUAAUGUGUUGGGUACACUUCUCUCUGCUUGUAUGACGUACAAGAGUGUGGAGCUUGGGGAUAAAGUGUCGAAAAAGAUGCACAGUCUUGGAGGAACAACAGGAAGCUUUGUUCUUUUAUCCAACACCUAUUCAGCUGUUGAAAGAUGGGAAGAGGCAGAGAUUAUUAGAACGACUCAGAAGAAAACAGGGCUGCACAAGACCCCGGGUUAUAGCUGGGUUGAUGUUUAACUGAUAGAUUGGUUUGAGAAUUCGUGGAAGUCAGGCACUGUCGCAAUUUAGCUGGAGACAUUGUUUCAAGUGAUGUUAACAAACACAGACACAGUGAAACAUACUAGGAUUGUUUUCUGAAUCCAAGGCUUUGAUAUAAACAAGUCUUAAGGAUGGUUGAGCAAGAAAGUCCGGAUUUAGUAUCCGUGGGAUCUUGCGUUCUGGUCUCUACGAGUUGAUUACUUGAAGAAGAAGGUAUUGUUACGUG